UACCUCUAGUAUCACUGGAGCUUAACUGCUGUCAGGAGUCUGGACCUAAAAAUGUUUGUGAAUGUCUUGUUUGGAGAGGGCAGGAUGGAAAUGUUCAAUCUCAACUGUAAGCUGAUAAACUUCCUCAAUCAUUUGAAAGAGAGGGCUGGUGUGGACUCCAAAGAUUGUGUGGACCUGAUGGACAGCAGUGGUAAAGUGAUGAACCUGGCAGCCAAGCAGCACAAUUUGGCUCUGGCCAGCAGUGUGCUGGUAGCCAGACACUACUACGUCCUCCUGCGAGUCUGCCGAGACCAUGAGGCUGGAGGUCAGAAAUAUGUCUCCCUUCAGAACAACAACAGUCAAAGUCAUCCUGAAUUAACAGAACUGCUGAAGAGGCUGACUGACAAAGAGCCAGACAGAAAGACUAGAAAGAGACGGAUGCCUCAGACCAAAAACAUUCCUGCAAACAGCAAGAGCCACUAAAUUUAACACUGUCAAUUUAUAUGUAUAAAUCUGAAUACUUUGCUAUAUUUCUAUUUUAACUGAGCUAAAGUGGAUGAUUUCUUUUUAGUUAAUAAUAGUCAAUAUUGAAGAAGUUCAAUAGAAUAAGUUACAUUUUGAGAUUUUAUAUUUCUGCAUUAAAUUGUUACUGUAACCAGAAUGUCACAGAGAGGUAAAUUAGAAGUAUGAGCUGCUGUGUAUCUUCCUAGUUUCUUGUGUUUCUAAGCAUUUUCCUUUUCCUCAUGUCUUUUGUGGCUUCCUGCCUGUCUGUGUGAGUUCCUUUUUGUCCAUCUUUCAGUGACUUUCUGAUAUAUUUUGAGAGCUGUUUCCUUGCCAUUUUCUUGACUUCCUGCCUUUGUUCUCUUCCCGCCCUGCUUAUUGUCAGAUUUCAUUCACCUGCACCUUAUAUUCUCCAUAUUGUGUAUUUAGUCUGAAUCCUUUCCCACAGUUUUCCCUCCCUCUUUUCCUGCAUUUUGCCUUUUGGAUUUUUUGAAAUUUGAACCACUUGGAUUAAACUUUCGCUACUUUCUGCAA